AUGUUAACAAUACCGACGACUACGAAGCUGCUUGCUCCUGCGCUCUCUCGUGGAACGAGUUAUACACGAUCAAGAACAUACAGAAGUCAUCAGCAACGAUGUUCCAUGGCUGACAGCAUUGCUGUUUCGAAAAGGCUCCUGAAAUGUUCAAUGUGUUUGUGCAGCAGUAGCAUCAACAAUAAAGAACUUUCCAACAUCUCAAAUAUAAUGGACAUCUAG